AUGGCGCUUUAUGAACACAACACUAGGAAUGAGGGCAAAACAUCUUCUUUGGCACUUAUUGAGAUUAAACCAGGCACAAUUGAAAUAUUGGAACGGCCAGAGGGAGCAGAUCUGAUCCUUGAGUCUCCAUCAUGUCCUGUCUGCGCCUCUUUUCUGACCCUUGCUCCAGUUAGAUCUUCUUUUGCAACCGUGUUGACCACGAAACCGCUUGAUGCAGACGUGCUUGAAGAACAUGGCGGAGUAAAACUUCUGUCCUACUACAUCAAGUGUGAAAGCACUGGCGUGAUGAACCCCCGAACCCUACCACUCAUUGACAUCAAUGACCAUGCACCCGUUUUUGAAAAAGAUGUCUACCAAGUAGAGGCCUCAAAGUCUUUGCCAGUGGACUACAAAGUGGUUCAAGUGAAAGCCACUGACGCAGAUGCAAAUCCAGUCUUUAACACUGUAACCUACAGCAUAGAGCCACCAUCGGAUACGUUUGAUAUCACAUCAGAAGGAUGGAUAGUGUUAAAGAAGUCACUGGACUAUGCUAUCACUAACUCUUAUACUCUGACUGUGAUAGCCAAGGACAUCGACAGUAAAAUGGAUGACGCAAUUGUUAUGAUCAGCGUGACUGAUGUACUUUACUUUCAGCACAGAAGCUAUUAUGCUUACAUCCUUGAGAAUGAGAUGGCUUCAUUAUAUGGUGUGCACCCUGAACCAAUACAAGCUUUGGGUGUCGACAAAGAGGAAGACCAGAUCAUUUACGGCAUCAGUACAGUCAAUCCAGAUCAGUACUGGGAACACUUUGGCAUCAACACCAUAACGGGUGUCAUCACAGUCCUAAAGAAGCUGGAUCAUGAGGAAGAAAGCAUGAUCACUUUGGGCAUAACGGCAUCACAAGAAAAUGACAGUGAGAGAACAGCAACAGCCACGGUGGAGGUUGAAGUCACAGAUGUGAAUGAGGCUCCUGAGUUCAGUCAACCUGUGUAUGAAGCUUACACAUUCACUGUGGUUCCAAUCGGAUUUUGUGUUAUCAACGUGAAGGCAACAGACCCUGAUGUGGGGGAGACUGACACACUGCGUUAUUCCGUGGCAGAGCCCAGUUCCCAGUUUACAGUGGAUCCCUCUAGUGGCCAGGUGUGCACAACAUCCUAUUUGGGGAGUGAGAAGGUGACCACGAUUGUAAACAUAACGGUUUUGGAUGCGCGUGGACUCGACGAUUUUGCAUUAGUCAAGGUGGAAAUACACAAGUCUGAAAAGGAAAACAUUGCAAGUUUGUCAAUAAACGUGAACCAUGAUGCUGUGAAGCAGAAUGAAGAAAAGGUGAAACAAGUCCUUGAGAAACAUAUUUCAUCAAAUGUAACAAUUAUAGAUAUCAGUCCUCUAGAAAAGGCUUCCUCCUACUGGACAUACAUUGACGUUGUUGCCAUGGUAGACUCCUCGAUCUUGCACCAGUAUGUCAUUGACAUGAGACUUGAAGAGCAUAAACCUGCUAUUUUGGAGGAGUUACAGGGUGUGUUUGGGCCUGAUACGGAUUUUGAUGUGGUAACACCUGGUGACAAGGGCGGGAUGGACAACAGCACAAUCCUGCUGGCCACACUUCUACCGGCGAUAGCUUUCAUUAUUGCUUUCAUAGCACUACCACGCAUGAGAGACACACUGAAAGAAAAGAUCAAGGAUGCAUCGGCAUAUGCAUUCCAGUCUCCAGCAAUUACAGCAUCUUCAACACAUGUCCCAGUAAACAGGUCUAAACAAUGUAAGAGAAUUGGUCGUCCACACCCCUCUGGUCAGUCCAACCAGUGGCCAAAUUCUUGGGGGAUAUUAUCCACAAUACUUGAGCAUCCUGAAUUAGAUCACCCAUCAUCUAUGAGCCAAGAUGCAAGUGAUUUAAUUGACUCUAGAGCAUCAUCAGGGUAUCUAAGCCAAGGCACAACAUCUUCCACACUCAGCAGCAUAUCAUCAGGAUCUAAAUUGUUUGGUCCCUGUAGUGAACCUGAAUCUGAAUUAGAUCACCUUUCCUCUGUGAGCAAAGAUGCAAAAGGUUUAAUAGACACCAGAAAAACAUCAUCACAUGUAAGCCAAGGUACAACAUCUUCCACACUCAGUAACAUAUCAUCAGAUAGCGCGUCGACACAGAAUGCCACCCUCAGGGAAGGUUCUUUAUUGUUUGGUCCCCGUAGUGAACCUACAGAGAGAAAGUCUGUUCGUAAGAUAUUCCAAGAUCAUCACCCAAAACCUGAAUUAGAUCAGCCAUCAAUAUGUUUCAUACCCAUACCGUCAGGCAGCAUGCCCCCACCAAAUGGCAGCCUCAAGGUGGGAUCUACAUUGUUUGGUCCAUCCAGUGAUCUCCCCCUUGAGUAGGUCUGAAAAGUCAGUUGGUCCCACCAUUUUGACCAGUCUAAACAAUGGUCAUAUUUAGGUGAGAUAUUCCCCUCAGUAUAGUUCAACACUCCGAACCUGAAUUAGAUCAUCAUUCACCUUUAAGCCAAGGCAAAUAGGCACCAAAAGAUAAUCCACAAGCCAAAGGAUAAUGUCUUCCACAAACAGUAGUGGCUCUUCAGGCAGCACAUCCACACAAUAUGGUUGCAAUGACCUGUUGACCGUUGACCUGACUCGACCACUGACUCUGCCUUUUUAUCGCUUCUCUAGCUUCUGCCUGCCCAUUACAUUAUUAAAUAUCAUUCAUAUCAAUGUCAAAGUCAAAAAUGUAUGUAGGGUUUCACACAGAAUAUUGAAAUUGCAGAAUGUAACACUGAAUUUCGCCUCUGUUGCCUUAGCUUGUUUUCGCCAGCAUGUGUCCACGGCGCGAGAAGUUCUCUCAUGUGCUGCAUACUGUAAGAAGUCAAUUGCGGUCCAUAGUUGGAGACGCAUGAUGACUUGAAGCUUGGAAGUACUAUCACAUCAUAUCAUGUGAUUGUUUUCUGGACCGAAGGGUCACAAUACAGGUACUUUGAAAGGAUGUGUCAUGAUAAUGCCUUCUUGUAUCUUGUUUCGAUAGAAAAUCAUUUACAGCCUUAGUGAUAAGCCAGAAGCGCUCCAGAGCUGGAGACGCCUCUCACUGCUGCUCUCUGGAAACAACGUGGUUAUUAUUGUGAGAAUAUUGUAAUGACAUGCUCUCAUCAUUACUGUUAUGGGAUGUUGCAUUGAGUAUUAUUCAAUUACUUCCUUAUGGGUUUCAGCUCUGAAUCUCACGUAGCCUAAAUACUGCAUAUAGGCCCACUACUAACGGAACUUAUUCAUUAACAGAACUUGUAACUCCACUCAUGUACUGUAUACUAAUCGCACAUUUGGAAUCCACAUCACAAUUGCAAUAAAAUG